GGUCGCGAGGGGGAGAUCCGUCAUCUGUUCAGAGGAUUCGCCUUCCUCCACUGUAAGAAGCUGGUGGGAGAACGAGGCAUGUUCGUCUGCAAGACCCGACAAUGGUGCUUGGCCGGAGGGUCAAAGCCCAGAGACGUGACCAACUUCACGGUGGGAGGGUUCGCUCCCAUGAGUCCUCGCAUCACCAGCCCCAUGCACCACGGGGGAGGAAGUUCUCCACAGAGAGGAGGUGGUGGAGGAGGAGGAGGAGGAGGAGGUGGGGGGGGAGGAGGAGGAGGAAUGGGGCGGGGCCGAGGACGAAGAGACAACGAUCUGAUUGGUCAAACCGUCCGCAUCUCGCAGGGUCCUUACAAAGGAUACAUUGGGGUGGUGAAGGACGCCACAGAGUCCACGGCGCGUGUUGAGCUGCACUCGACCUGUCAGACCAUCUCAGUGGAUCGACAGCGCCUCACCACCAUGGGGGCUAAGAGGCACAGCGGGCAGACCUCGACUCACGGCCGCACCCCGAUGUACGGUUCCCAGACUCCGAUGUACGGGACGGGAUCCAGAACGCCCAUGUACGGCUCUCAGACGCCCGUACAGGAAGCUGGAAGCCGCACGCCUCACUACGGCUCUCAAACCCCAUUGCAUGAUGGGAGCAGGACGCCGGGUCAGAGCGGAGCCUGGGACCCCAGCAACCCCAACACACCCUCCAGGAAUGACGAGGAGUAUGACUUUGGGUACGACGAUGAACCGUCCCCCUCCCCUCAGGGUUACACCGGGACCCCCAACCCCCAGACCCCCGGGUACCCAGAGGUCCCCUCUCCUCAGGUUAACCCUCAGUACAACCCUCAGACGCCGGGCACGCCUGCUAUGUACAACACGGAGCAGUACUCUCCGUACGCCGCCCCCUCCCCUCAGGGCUCCUACCAGCCCAGCCCCUCCCCUCAGAGCUACCACCAGGUGGCGCCCUCUCCGGUGGGAUACCAGAACACACAUUCCCCCGCCAGCUACCACCCCACACCCUCCCCCAUGGCGUACCAGGCCAGUCCCAGUCCCAGUCCAGUGGGGUACAGUCCGAUGACCCCCGGAGCCCCCUCCCCCGGAGGGUACAACCCUCACACGCCCGGGUCCAACAUCGAGCAGGGCGGCAGCGACUGGGUCACGCCCGACAUCUUAGUGAAGAUCAAAGACUCCUUCAUGGACCUGAUGGGGCAGAGCGGAGUCAUCCGGAGCGUCACGGGUGGGAUGUGCUCGGUGUUCAUGCAGGAGUCAGAGAAGGUGGUCAGCAUCAGCAGCGAUCACCUGGAGCCCGUCACCCCCACCAAGAACAACAAGGUGAAGGUGAUCCUGGGCGAGGACAGAGAGGCCACGGGGAUCCUGCUCAGUAUCGACGGAGACGACGGCAUCGUGCGGAUGGAGCUGGACGACCAGCUGAAGAUCCUCAACCUGCGCUUCCUGGGCCGCCUGGAGCACUGAGGACACACACACACACACACACACACACUCACAGAGGGAAGUGUUCGCUGCGUAUUAACUCACUGCAAUGUCGAGAAUUUAGUUUUUUGAGAAGCUCCACACCAAAAGAUCCUCAUUCUUCUGCAGUGUGUGUGAGGCGUCCAUAUAUCUGGCUCAGAGUGUGUGUGUGUUACUUUGUUUACCAGAAACCAUCACACACACACACAGCAGGAAGUGUUGGCUGCGUAUUAACUCGCUGCAAUGUGGGGGAAAAGUGUUGGAAUUUAGUUUUUGAGAAGCUCCACACCAAAAGAACCUCACCUUUUUACAGCAGUGUGUGUGAGGCGUCCAUAUAUCUGGCUCUCAGAGUGUGUGUGUGUGUGUGUUGCUUUGUUUUCCAGAAACCAUCACACACACACACACAGCAGCUCUCUCUCUCUCUCUCUGGUCUUUUUAUUUGUAGCUGGGCUGUAUCUGUUUUAGUGCCGUCUGAAUGUUCUGUCUUUUUGUUUUCCUCGGUGGAGAAGGGGUUAAAGAAGUGUAACAUGUCAAUAAACUCUCAACCAGUGAA